AUUGGUAAAGCUGAUUGCAAAAGUGGAAUAACAUUUUACUUUGGUUCGACGGAUGUGCCUGAUAGAACAAUGAAACGGCAAGUACUGUUGUUGUUCUCGGUCGUCUUUCUGCGUUCAGUCGUCUGCCAGGUCAGCUACUCCAUUCCCGAGGAAAUGGCCAAAGGCUCUUUGGUCGGUAACAUAGCUCAGGAUUUAGGUUUAGAUGUGAAACGGUUACAAGCGGGCAAAGCUCGUAUCCACACGGGAGACAGUGUCGAGUACAUUCAGCUUAACAAGGAAAGGGGACUCCUCACGAUGAAAGAAAAAAUAGAUCGUGAAGCUCUCUGUGGCCAGACAACGCCUUGUGCCUUACAUUUUCAGAUUGCCUUAGAAAACCCGAUAGAAAUUUUUCCAGUAACCGUCGAAAUCACAGACAUCAAUGAUAAUUCUCCCGUAUUCGAAAAGGAGGAGAGGAGAUUUGAAAUAAGCGAGUCUGCAGUCAUCGGCUCCAAGUUCAUGCUAGAAAAGGCAAUGGACCCUGACAUAGGACUGAAUGGUCUUCAGAGCUACACACUGAAACCCAACGACAAUUUUAUUCUUAAAUUGCACGGUCAGUCUGAUGGCGGAAAAAAAGUCGAGAUGAUUUUACAAAAACCGCUGGAUAGAGAGAAGCAGGAGUUUGCAUCGUUAUUAUUAACGGCUGUAGACGGAGGUGAGCCGCAAAGGUCUGGGACUAUGCAAAUUCAUAUUACAGUAUUAGACAUUAAUGAUAACGCUCCUGUUUUUACGCAAGCGGUUUACAAAGCAGGCGUGAACGAGAAUUCAGUUAAGGGUACAUUCAUUACCAAAGUCAGUGCCUCUGACGCAGACAAAGGCUCCAAUGGCGAGGUUAGCUACUUAAUAGGCAAUAGCAUGACAGGUGUGUCAAAAUUAUUCCACAUUACAGAAGACGGUCAUCUUAUAUUAAAUGGCCCUGUAGAUUAUGAAAAGGCCAAAAAAUAUGAGAUUGAUGUGGAGGCGGUGGACCGAGGAGGUCUUUCAGAUUCUAGCAAAGUGAUUAUUGAUGUAAGUGACAUUAAUGACAACAGCCCUGUUAUAAAAAUAAUAUCAUCUUCAAAUUCAAUAGCGGAGGGUUCGCUUUCGAACACAGUGGUAGCUGUAAUGAGUGUAAAUGAUCCUGAUUCUGAAGAAAAUGGGAAGGUCCGAUGUGUGAUUAAUAAAAAUACGCCGUUUUCAAUUACUUCUACAUCAAGUAAUUUUUAUAGCUUAGUGAUAGACAGUGAUUUAGACAGAGAGAGAGCUUCUGAGUAUAAUAUCACAGUGAACUGCUCUGAUGAGGGAGUGCCCUCCCUCUCCAGCAGCGUCACUCUCACCUUACAGAUCUCAGAUGUGAAUGACAACGCACCUGUCUUUGAGAGGAGCUCAUAUGAGGCCUACAUUGUAGAAAACAACACACCAGGACUUUCUAUAUUCACAGUGAAAGCCAGAGACGCUGACUGGAACCAGAAUGCCCGUGUUUCUUACAUACUGGAGGACUCCUCUGUUAAUGGAGUGCCAGUCUCCUCAUAUGUGUCCGUUAGUGCUGAUAGUGGAGUCAUCCACGCAGUGCGCUCUUUUGACUACGAGCAGAUCAAAGAUUUUCAGUUCCACGUUAAAGCUCAGGAUGGAGGCUCUCCUCCACUCAGUAGUAACGUAACAGUGAAAAUAAUGAUCCAGGACCAGAACGACAACCCUCCUCAGGUUCUGUAUCCAGUCCAGACUGGUGGCUCUCUGGUGGCUGAGAUGGUUCCUCGUUCAGCAGAUGUGGGCUAUCUGGUGACUAAAGUGGUGGCUGUUGAUGUGGACUCUGGACAGAAUGCCUGGCUCUCCUAUAAACUACAGAAAGCCACAGACAGGGCGCUGUUUGAAGUGGGUUUACAGAAUGGAGAAAUCAGAACUAUCCGCCAAGUGACUGAUAAAGAUGCUGUGAAACAAAGACUGACUGUUAUAGUGGAGGACAACGGGCAGCCCUCUCGUUCAGCUACAGUUAUUCUUAACGUGGCGGUGGCGGACAGCUUCCCUGAAGUGCUGUCGGAGUUCACUGACUUUCCACAUGACAAGGAGUACAAUGACAACCUGACUUUUUACUUAGUGCUGGCUCUGGCUGUAGUUUCCUUCCUCUUCAUCACGUGUUUAGUGGUUAUCAUAUCAGUGAAGAUCUACAGGUGGAGACAGUCUCGCAUCCUGUAUCACUCCAACCUCCCUGUGAUUCCAUAUUAUCCACCACGUUACUCAGACACUUUGGGGACAGGGACUCUCCAACACGUGUACAAUUACGAGGUGUGCAGGACGACUGACUCCAGAAAGAGUGACUGUAAGUUCGGCAGAGCUGGUAGUCAGAACGUGUUGAUAAUGGACCCCAGUUCUACAGGGACGAUGCAGCGGAUGCAGACUGAGAAGAGCAUCCUGGAUGAACCAGACUCUCCUCUGGAGGUUGGAAUUUUUCAAUUCUAA